UAGCGCCAUAUGCUGGCAGCGCGCGCCUGCAUGAGCCAUCCUCUUUUACUCCCCUCCCCCGGUAUCUGCCUUUCACUUCCUUCGAGCUCCCAGCUAUUCCCGCUUGAAUUCCUUCCUUCCUUCCUGUGUGUCUCGCUCACACGUCCUUUCGUUUCGAACAAGCACAGCGUUGGCCUCCGUACAUAUUCUGCCUUUCCGCGUUUGGGUAAUUUCUGCCUAUAACGAACGCUCAUUUCCUGAACGACUACAGUCCUGCAACCACUUUGGAAAAGUCGGUCCGCUCUAUUACAAUUCGACCUUCGAACCAAGUCCUCGGGUACUUGUACAUCGCCUAUACAGGACGUAUCUGUGGGCAGCUGCAGUUUAGGCAUCUCCAGCACGCGGAGCCUACCCGGUAGAUCAGUAUCACUGUUGAGCAAGUCCGCAAAUUUGUUUAGAGUAGAAGAACAUCGGCAAACGCUCUUCAUAAUGGGGGGAUCAAAUUGGUUCGGGAGCCUGCAGUUGGCGUAUAAGUACAUUGUUGUGUUCGUGGGUUUACUUAUAUUGACUAUCAUUGGUGGAGCCAUCAAAGUACUCUUCAACCGUAGAAAGUUAAAGAAGGCAAAGAAGACGGAGCUCGAGGCAGGCCCAAAGGAAGACACAGUUGAGCUCAACCAACGUGAGAAAGAUGAAGGAGACCUUUUCGGCAUUCGCGCCAUCGAGGCAGGGUUUUAUGCUGGUGUCGCCCAGUCGCGCCCAACAUCAAGAGCAGGGUCCAUUAUCGAGCACCCAAACAUGAGCUCCAGCACUCUUGUCGGAAACCCUAGCUCGCCUCUGAUGAAGGGCCAUUCGACCAACAAUAGUGUUCUCAGCCUCAACUUGGGCAACAGCAACAACACUGUCUCACAGCAAAGAAAACAGCCCCCGCCCAUUAAGCUUCGCCCAUCUGAGGCUGAGCUAAGCGGAAGGCGAAACCACAAUGGCGCUGUCGACAUGUCUCUCCAGGUUCCUCCAUCUCCUGGUCACCCGCGUGGCCCCGCGUCUCCUACAUUUGGCGGAUCCGACAGUGAUAGCGACGGCUUCACGUCUCCUCGGUCCAUGUCUCCCCGAACCGCCGAUUUCAACCCCCAGCAAUACACACCAGCACCGAUGAUCCCAAUGCCUGACGCUCUCAGUGUCUCUUACCAUUCUGGAGCCGAUAACAAUAUCAAAUCACAGACCGCCUCCUUCAAUAACUCGCCUGGUCAGUCACCCACUCCACCAUCGCCUGGCAACCCACCCGUAGCAAGACUACCUACCCUCCCUACGAGCGCCUUGAGGAAAGAAUCUCGGUCUCCGUCGCCCGAGUCAUAUCGUCCCCAAGUGCGGGUUCACCAGCCGAAUAAUGAGCCUGCGCAAUCCUCUUCCGCUCCUCACCUGCAGCCCCGAUCCCACGCCCCGACGCACAAACGCGAUGAGAGCGAUGCCAGCAGCCUUUACAGCAACGGAAACCGACUAAGCACAUACCAAGCCUACCAAGCAUAUCAGAAAGACGCAGACCGCUCAGCUUCGGCAGCGUCGACCGAGUCGUACAACUAUAACUUCUCAUCAACGGAUGAGUCUGGUCGCACCUCAGUUGCUCUUCCCAAUGACAAGGAUGGCGAACGACGACCUAGUCAGUCGAGCUCCCUCCUUGCACCAGGCUUGAUGCCAAACGGCCAGUCUAGCAACCAGGACUCUCGACUGAGCGAGUUCUACGACGCUUACUAUCGCAACUCGCAAAUUGUCUCCGCUCAGCCGGUUGAGAUGAAGCGAAUCGUAGAUAGGAAAUCUACUAUCAUGGAAGUCGACUCGCCGAUGCCGUCUCCGCUUUUUCCGAAAACACAACAGCCUGGAGCAGCGUUCUAGUGACGUUGGGUUAUGCUCGACAAAAGAUAGGCUAGGCUCCACUAGCAGAUGUUGCUGAUGGAGCUUAUUCAUGGUCAUCAGCAGCCUUAUCGUAUCUCGACGCACGGAUCAGGUGCGGCAUGUUCAUAGCGAGGCGUUUCUUUGGGUCCUUCUUCUUUCUGAUUUUUUGUGGGGUUUGGUUGAAAAUGAGGUGGAUCCACAGAUGGCAGUGGGGCUUGGAGAAGUGGAUGCGCAAUGGAUAGGGACGAUUCGAAUGGUGCACGCAAAACGGGUCACAACUACGACGAGACGCUUCUUCCGCUCACCUGGAAUACUUAUGUACUUACUUUUAUUUUGUAAUUUAUAUUAACUUUUCGUACCGAAUGGUGCGCGACAUAGCUUAUGAAGCUGUACAAUACAUAAAGUCGAUUCAGCA